CUCAUUGAACCCAAGCUGAGAACAUUUCUUCUUCAUCUAUUGUGUUGCCUUCAGAGGUUUUGUUCGAUUUUCUUUUAUCUUUAUAUCUCUAGCAAUUAUUUCAAUUAUGACAGACCCUUGAGAAAUAAAUCUUUGUCUUAGAUCUAACAUGUUGUUUCAAUUUCACCUCCAAUGUGCUGAUGAGCCCGUUUGUGGUUAUUGACACAAACUUGCUUUGUCUGUUUCGACAGAGAACGGCAUCUCUGAAUCAGCUCCCUGUUGAGGACCUCAGAGACCCCCUGCCUCCUCAAUGGAGAUGCUACGUGUCUCCACAGGGACGCAGAUACUACGUCAACACCACCAGCAAUGAAACGACAUGGGAGAGACCGUCCAGUGCACCUGGGACCCCCAAGACCUCCCUCCGCCACAAGACCUCCCUGCCAACAGUGAAUGGAUUUCCCUUGCAUCAUGUGGAAGAGUCACACAGUCUGGUUAGGAAAAGCAGUACAGAGCCACAGAGCCCAGUAUCAACGUCGCCCACCAGGAAACAGAACAAGAAGACCACGGUCACAAUUAACUGUGUGACGUUCCCGUCGCUUGCAUGCAUCCCGGAGCAACAGCUGCUGAAACCAAACGAAUGGAGCUACUGUGACUUCUUCUGGACUGAUAAGAAGGAUUCCCAGGGCAACGACUGCAUCACAGGAUUUGAGGUUUUGCUACAAAAACAGCUGAAGGGGAAACAAAUGCAGAAAGAGAUGGCAGAGUUCAUACGAGAAAGGAUAAAGAUAGAAGAGGAGUAUGCCAAGAAUCUCUCCAAGCUCUCCCAGAUCCCUCUAGCAAGCCAGGAAGAAGGGACACUGGGGGAGGCUUGGGCCCAGUUAAAGAAGAGCCUGGCAGACGAAGCGGAGGUUCACCUAAAGUUCUCCUCAAAGCUCCAGAGUGAAGUAGAGAAGCCUUUCCUGACCUUCAGGGAGAACUUUAAGAAGGAUAUGAAGAGGUUUGACCAUCACAUCGCUGACCUACGGAAGCAGCUGGUUGGCCGCUAUGCAGCGGUGGAGAAGGCCCGUAAAGCUCUGUCUGACAGACAGAAAGAGCUGGAGUUGAAGACUCAGCAGCUGGAGAUCAAACUCAGCAACAAGAUUGAAGAAGACAUCAAAAAGGCCCGCAGGAAAUCCACACAAGCAGGUGAUGAUCUGAUGCGCUGUGUCGACCUUUAUAACCAGUCUCAGUCCAAAUGGUUUGAGGAGAUGGUCACCACAAGUCUGGAGCUGGAGCGGCUUGAGGUGGAGAGGGUGGAGAGGAUCAGACAGCAUUUGUGUCAGUACACCACCCUUCGACAUGAGACAGACAUGUUCAACCAAAGUACGAUGGAGCCGCUGGAUCAGCUGCUGCAGUGUGUUGACCCGGCCAAAGACAGACAGCUGUGGGUGCGGGAGAAUAAGACUGGACCCAUCAGGCCAGUGGACGUAGAGAUCUGACCUCAGUGCUGUGUGAUGGCUCUGCAUAUGCACACUUAGCCUCUGGCUCACACUCUGACCCAGGGGCUACAUGCCUGAGGACUGACUGGGACAUGAACUCUGUGCUGGGAUCUUCACUCCCCCCACUGAUCCACUUGUGACUCCUAACGGACUGAGGGAUGGCUCUUCACAUCCCGACUCCUGCUGAGGAUGAUGUCAGUAUUUGGGGAGUAUUGUGAGUAGCCUAAGUGAUGAAUUGAAGAUGUCAGAUAGUGACAGGUAGUAGUUUUCUGUUAUGCAAGGUCAUGCCCAGCUUAGAUCGCACAGGAAAAUGGGAACUAUGAGUUUAAAUUGUGAAGCAAAAGGUGCACCAACCAUGAACAUUUAACACCUGUAAAUGAGUAGCUUUAUGUCAUGCAUGUUUGGAUAUGCUUUUGCUCUGUGGGGUAAUUAUUUAAUUAAUUUGUGUGUUGACAUUUCUGUAUAGCAGAAUAAGUAUAUAUAAGUAUAUAUACUAAUAUGCUAAUCCUCGCUCACAUGCCUGUCUUGCAUGUCACAUAUUAGGUUUAACAAAAAAACUAUGAUAUCAUUUUGAAUCGUUUUGACCAAGUGAUCAAAAGCAGGAUUUAUUUCUGGAUGUUGUUGGCUGAAAUGACAAAUCUUACUAGCAGAUUAUUUUUAGUUUAACAUUGACACUAAAACUCUGUUUCCAACUGACUUUUAAAAAUGUCCAAUUUCUUUUCAAAUGAAAAGAGUAAAAUUGUUAGCAUCCUCACCAGCUGAUGAUUCAUGUAGAAGACAUGGAAAUAAAGAAACAGCAUUGGUGUUUGUUAUAAUAUAGGUUUCGUGUGGAUGCUAACUACAGAAUGUUUUUUUAACAGUAUGCUUCACUUUUAUUAGAGAAAAGGAAGUACGAACGAGAAAUAACUGAGAUUACAGAUUAGAGAAAAUAGACACACUGUACACUUUUGGGUUUUUGGUUCUUGUAAAAAGACACCAAGAAUCAUUUUGACAUGGAGUAUUGCUCUUAUUGGUUUUUACAUGUUUUCACGUAUUGAGAAAUCCAAAGUUUGCCUGCUGUGACCAGCUGCGGUUGCUAAACUAUGCUCUUGGUCAGGUUUAGCAGACGGAAAUCACAAAUCUGGCCAGAGUUCUUCACAUAUUUAAAAUAAGUCUGUAAUUUUAAAUUUAAUUUCCACCAGUUUUACUUAAGUCCAAAUAAUAAUUAAGAAUCAGCCAAUUGCACUUUAUACCCAAAUGAUUCUGAGUAAAGUUGCUGUUAUGAACAGUAUUCUAAUAUAACUUACUUGUUACAUAUUUUAUUACUCAUACCUUUUGGUUAUGUUCACUACCUGUAAAUAUAUGGGAUAUGUGAUUUGCAAUGAAAGCAGGCAGUAUAGUGAAGGAUGUAAAAUACAGUAAAUAAUCUUACAUAAAGACAUAUUACAUACAGAAAUUAAAUACUGAUUAUAGCCUAUAUGGAGCAUAUUUUAUAUGAAAUAUAAACAGCCCUCUUAAAUUUUCUACAUUUUUGUAAAUACAAGUCAGUUGCUUUAGUUGGAUUCACUGCAGAGAGAAAUUCUCUUUCUAAAACAUGUCUUCUCCAGUAUUACUGCUAUGAUUACUUAACUAUUUGGUGUAGAGGAUUGAGAGAUUUUAUACAGAGCUAAAGGUUUAACAUUAAUAAAAUAAAAAUUCUGUCCUCCUUU